AUAAGAAGAGCGUGGAAUCCCGCACGGAUCACAGCUUGGAAAUCGGUGACAGACACCUGAAGAUCGUCAUCCAGGCGGGAGAAGGGGAGCAGAGCGGGAGCCCGUUCACAGAGCAGGGCUCCCCCGGGCACUCCCUCCCUGCCAGCUCUUCCCCACCGCCGCAGAGGCUGGAGGAGCAGCAGGCAGCCCAAGGCCAUGGAGACACGGCGAGAGAAGUCAUGACGAAAAAGAUAUUUCUUACAGUAUCUGCAACUCUGAAUGCCAGUAUGUUCACUGAACAGCAAAGGGAGAAAAUUACUGUUAUAUGUCCAAAUUUAAAAAGAGAAGGAAAUCCUGAUAUUGAUGGCUCUGAGAAAUUGACGGGAGAUUUUACAGAUAUUGAAAAAGCUUAUCACUACUUUAAGGAUACCCUUGCAGGCAAUGACCCAAACCAUGAUUUUUCACGUUCUGAAAGUAAAAAUGGUUUGGAAGAUGAAAAUGGCCUGAAUACUGAAGAAAUGGAUGAGCUUACAGUUCUGACAGGUCUCUAUGAAUAUUUCAGUCAUACCCGCAAAGAACAAAUCAAAGUACUACGUGAACAUUUUGGAGUGUGUAUAAGAAGUAAAGAUCAUUACAACGGAUCGACCUCAGUAUGCUUCACUUCUGAUAAAAGUUCCGCAUCAAUACAAAGAGCUAAGGAUUUUUUUAUCAGAACUUUUCAGAAAAGUGUAGAAGAUCUGAAACAGGAAAAAAUUCCCCUAACAAGCAGUUACACAUUAAAUGAGACAAUAAUGAAAUUAAAUGCUAGGUUUAGUAAUCUUCUUGCCAAAGAGGAAGGGAGUCACUUGCUACUCCGUGGUCCAGCAAGUGAGAUAGUAGCUGCCAAAAAUUUUCUGAGAGAGGAAAGUGAGAACAGCCAAGCUGAAAAGAAUAUUAAAAUAUCAUCUGAACUGUACAAAUACAGGAAUGGAAUUAAAGUUGAUGCUUCUGUGUUUAAAUUGUUGGAAACAAUAUUAAACAAAGAAAUUGAAGACAUUAAAGAGAAAUUUGAUACAGUAAUAGAAAAGAAAGACAGUUCAUGUGGCCGUACGAUGCUCAUAAUAUUUAGGCCUAGGUUCAAAACUGCUGAUAGGUCUUCACAUGCUACUGAAAGUUUCAUAAAUGCAUUUCAGAGUGCCUCUGCAAUGUUAAGAGAAAAAGUCAUCAGCUCGAAGCUUUCAGAAGGUCAGAAGAAAAGAUUAAAUAUGCUGCUUAAUGGAAAACAAUUGGAAGAUCUGCAUGUAAAACUUCAGAAGAAGGAAGACAAAUUCAUCUUAAGUGGUUUACCAAACCAACUUUAUGCUGCUGAAAAAUACAUUAUGAACCUUCUUAACACUGAAGACUCAACACAAACUAAAAAUAGGACACCACUGUCCUCUGAUCUCAGCUAUCAAGAAUCUACAGGAGCAUCUGAGAAGAAAUACAACGGCAGACAAAAGAAUAAUCUUUCUUCCGAAGGACAGCCUCAGGCAAAGACAGAGGAAGAAGACAAAGAUGUCUGUCCAAUUUGCAUGGAGACAAUUAAUAAUAAAGAAAUACUGAGAAAGUGCAAUCAUGCAUUUUGCAAAAGUUGCAUUGACCGGGCCAUGACUUAUAGGCAAACUUGUCCUGUUUGUAAUACCGUCUAUGGAGUCAUGAAAGGAGACCAACCAGAGGGAACAAUGUCAACUAGAGUGAUGGCUUUCUCUCUCUCUGGCUAUCCAAGUUGUGGUACUAUUGAGAUUAAAUAUGAUAUGCACGGUGGUAUUCAAACUAGCAACCAUCCAAACCCAGGGAAACCUUAUUCUGGAACUUCUCGAACAGCAUAUUUACCUGACAAUAAAGAAGGGCGAGAAAUUCUGCAGCUCCUCCAAAGAGCCUUUAAGCAAAAAUUGAUUUUCACAGUGGGGCACUCACAUACUACUGGUGCACACGGUGUUAUCACAUGGAAUGAUAUUCACCACAAGACUUCCAUAAGUGGAGGACCAACCAAUUUUGGUUACCCUGAUCCUGAUUAUCUGCAGCGAGUUCGAUCAGAAUUGAAAGCAAGAGGAAUUGAAUAA